AUGGGCUCCACGCAGAGCGUCGAGAUCCCAGGCGGGGGCACGGAAGGCUACCACGUCUUGAGGGUGCAAGAAAAUUCACCAGGACAUAGAGCUGGACUGGAACCAUUCUUUGAUUUUAUUGUUUCUAUUAAUGGGUCAAGAUUAAAUAAAGACAAUGAUACACUUAAGGAUCUACUGAAAGCAAAUGUUGAAAAACCUGUAAAAAUGCUUAUCUACAGCAGCAAAACACUGGAGCUGAGAGAGACCUCAGUCACACCUAGUAACAUGUGGGGUGGUCAGGGCUUGUUGGGAGUGAGCAUUCGUUUCUGCAGCUUUGAUGGGGCAAAUGAAAAUGUUUGGCAUGUGUUGGAAGUUGAAUCCAAUUCUCCUGCAGCUAUAGCAGGACUUAGACCUUAUAGUGAUUAUAUCAUUGGAGCAGAUACAGUCAUAAAUGAGUCAGAAGAUCUCUUCAGCCUUAUUGACACACAUGAAGCAAAACCAUUGAAACUUUAUGUGUACAACACAGACACUGAUAACUGUAGAGAAGUGAUCAUUACACCAAAUUCUGCGUGGGGUGGAGAAGGCAGCAUAGGAUGUGGCAUUGGAUAUGGCUAUUUGCAUCGAAUACCUACACGCCCAUUUGAAGAAGGAAAGAAAAUUUCUCUUCCAGGACAAAUGACUAGUACACCUAUUACUCCUCUUAAAGAUGGGUUUACAGAGGUCCAGCUGUCCUCAGUUAAUCCUCCAUCUUUGUCAACACCAGGAACUACAGGAAUUGAACAGAGUUUGUCUGGACUUUCUAUUAACUCAACUCCACCAGCUGUCAGUAAUGUUCUCAGUACAGGAGUUCCAACAGUACCAUUGUUACCACCACAAAUAAACCAGUCCCUGACUUCUGUGCCACCGAUAAACCCAGCUACUACAUUACCAGGUCUGGUGCCUUUACCAGGAGGACUGCCUAACCUGCCUGCCCUCCCCAACCUCAACCUCAAUCUCCCCGGGGCCUCACACAUCAUGCCAGGUGUUGGCUUACCAGAAAUCGGAACCCCGGGUUUGCCACCUCUUCCCUCCUUGCCUCCCCGAACCCUACCUGGCAUGGCACCUCUCCCUAUGCCAUCCGAGUUCCUCCCGCCAUUCCCUUGGGUUCCAGAGAUCUCUCCUGCCCCUGGCGCAGGGGAGCUGCUGUCUUCCUUUCCACUUCCUGGCAUGCCACCUUCUGACCCUGUUACAACUACUGCAAAGGCAGAUGCUGCCUCCUCACUCACUGUGGAUGCGACGCCCCCGACUUCCAAGGCCCCGACCGCUGCUGAGGACAGAGCCAUCGAAGCCCCCCCUGCCACUGAGAGUCCUGUGUCUGCAGAUGCAAGUGCUCCUGAGUCAUCUUAACUUGGAGCCAUUCUUCAGAAUCAGCGUGGUGUGUUUAUUUAACCACAGGAGCGUGUCUGGAAAUGCAAACUAUCAUUUAUUUCAUACUAGUUUGUACUGUAUCUGUAGGCAACCUGUAAAUAAUCCUGAGGGGAGAACCCAUCCAGAGGACAUGGGCCUGUGUCCUGCCAAGCAGGGGUGGGCUUAGAGGUUGGGGAGGGAAUUGUCCCAAAGUGCUUGUAUUUGAAAACAACCAAAAAGAAUUGUUAAGGGUGGCUUGCUG